AUGAAGUCCUUUGCAAGCAGAGAAGCGUCGCGCCUCUUUUCCCGACCAAACCUUGCCCAGCGAGCGUCAAUUGCCGGACGGAGGAGCGCCAACAUCCGCGUACACGAGCAAAGAAGAGGAUUCCGGGAAACAAGAGGGCUGCUGGUGGUCAAGCCGUACUUGCUUGCGGAUAUUGGCGAAGGGAUCACCGAAUGCCAGGUUAUCCAGUGGUUCGUCAAGCCCGGAGCGCGCGUCGAGCAGUUUGACCCCAUUUGCGAAGUGCAGUCAGACAAAGCGUCGGUUGAGAUUACCUCGCGAUUCGAUGGCGUCAUUAAGAAGCUGUACUAUGAGCCGGACGACAUGGCUAAGGUUGGAAAGCCAUUGGUAGACAUUGACAUUCAGAGCGAGAUCUCUGCUGCCGACGAAGCCCUACUUAACGGUAGUUCGGCCGAACAACCAAAGGAUGAACCAUCAAAGGCGACAGAGGCACAAGAACAGGGGAUUGGGAUUGAUCGCAAUGAUACCAAGGCCGCUACCAGCCAUAUUCCAAAGUCAGAUCAGAGGGCGGCUCAGCCAUCAGAGUCAUCUCAAGCAGCGGCGUCGCCAACACCACGACAACCGGGCAAAUAUGCGUCCCUUGCUACACCGGCAGUACGACACAUGAUCAAGGAACAUAAGCUCAGAAUUGAGGACAUACAAGGCACAGGAAGAGAAGGCCGUGUGCUCAAAGAAGAUGUCCAACGGCACAUCGAGUCUGCUAAGCAGACCGCAAGCGCACCACGCGCAACAACAACGCCCACGUCCGUCCCAACCCAGCACCUGGAAGACCAGGUCAAGCAGCUCACACCCGUCCAAUCCGGCAUGUUCAAGCAAAUGACCAAGUCUCUCUCAAUACCACACUUCCUCUACACCGACUCCGUAGAUUUCAGCUCCCUCACCUCGCUACGCAAAAAAUACAACGCAGGCCGCGAAAAAGCAGACCGAAUCACACCACUACCCGUCAUCAUUAAAGCCGUCUCCCUAGCAUUCCAGCAGUUCCCCCUGCUCAACUCGCACCUCGACACAAGCACGAACCCCGACAAGCCGCAGAUGAUCUUAAAGGGAAGCCACAACAUCGGCGUCGCUGUGGACUCACCCUCCGGCCUCCUCGUCCCCGUCAUUAAAAACGUGCAAAACCACAGCAUCGUAUCCCUCGCACAAGAGAUCCAGCGAUUGAGCUCUCUUGCCCGCUCCGGCAAGCUCACCUCCGCCGAUCUUACUGGCGCCACAUUUACAGUCAGCAACAUUGGCAGUAUCGGUGGCGGUACCGUUGCGCCCGUCAUCGUCGGCCCGCAAGUGGGUAUACUCGCGGUGGGCAAGGCGAGGGUUGUGCCUGCGUUUGGGGAGAAUGGGGAGUUGGUGAAGAGGGAGGAGUGCGUGUUUAGCUGGAGUGCGGACCAUAGGGUUGUGGAUGGGGCGUAUGUGGCGAGGGCGGCGGAGGAGGUCAGAAAGUGCAUUGAAGGGGUGGAGAGUAUGCUUGUGAGGAUGAGGUAA